CGAUUAGUUCGAUGAAACGAGAUAAAAGCAUCGAAUCAAAGAGUGCGGACCUUUUCCCAGCAAAAGAAGAUUGAUUUCCGAUACUGAAGUUUAAAUGUGUUUCAUAACUUCUGAUAUAUUUAAACUCUUUACCCUUAAUAUAUCCUUUUUUUACCUCUUUUGCAAUUUUUUAUAUUUUAUUUUUAUUUAAAAAUGUUCAGCAAGUCUAAUCCUAAAAAAGAUUCUCAACGUCAAUCGAUCAGUUUAAAACAAAUGCUUGAGGAUAGACCUGAGUUUAGCCUUACUGAUGUGUUAGAAGACCCAAUGCUAUUGUCAGGUUUCGAAAAUUAUUUAACGCAAACUUGGUCACAGGAAAAUCUAUUGUUUAUAGAGGCAAUGAAUCAGCUCCGACACGAGCCUGGGUCGGCAGAGGAUGUUGAAGCCAUUUUUAAUAGAAUUUACGAAACGUUUGUUGUUACGGAUGCACCUCUUGAAUUGAAUAUCAAUAGCCAGGCAGAAAUAAAAGGAAAAUUGAAAUCUUUUAAGGGAUCUGUCAUCACCCGGGAUGAAGCACUAGAUUUACUAAAAGAAACAGAGCAAGAAGUUUUAUUAAUGCUCAGAGAUAAAUUAACGGAAUUUCUUCGAACUCCACUGUCAACUGUCAGCAAACAGCUGAAUACUGAACCAGUUAAUGAAUUCCGAAAACGAGUCGUCAUCAUUGGCGGUGGAUUUACUGGGUUUGCUGUGGCAUCCGCUUUAGAUCCCAUGUCAUUAUUCCAUGUUACUUUGAUUGAUACAAAAGAUUCCUUUGAAUAUACACCGCGCAUUGUAACAAAACUUGUAAACCCAGACAAGGUAUCUUCUUUAAGGUUCCCUCACAAAAGUUAUAUUCAUAACGGCAGAGUGAUUCUGGGGUAUGCUAAAGACAUAUGUGAAGACGCAAAGUGUGUCAUCGUAAAUGGCGAGAAGAUUUACUUUGAUUAUUUAGUUAUUGGUACUGGCUCCUCAUACUCAUGCCAAUUAAAAUCUAGUGAUUCUUCAUCGCUUUAUAGAACCGCUGGAUUAAAUAAAAUGGCGGCUGAUAUAGCCAAAGCUGACCGCAUUCUCAUCAUUGGGGCUGGUUUAGUUGGCUGUGAACUUGCUGCAGAAAUUAGUCAAAAGCAACUUGAUCACCCAUAUUUAAAGCAUAAACAAAUCGUGCUUGUCGAAAGUCGGCCCAGUAUUAUUUAUCGUAGCGAUGCAAAACAACGCAAAAAGGCAGAAGAGUUUCUUGAAGGAUUAGGGGUUGAAAUUAUAUUGAAUGAAAAAAUAACAUCUGCCAAUUCACUCUCUGAUACUUAUUAUGGUUCUAGCGGCAACACUUAUUCUAGUAAAGACUAUUUAGUGUUAAUGGCUACAGGUGUUAAGCUGAACACAGGUUUUAUCUUGGAUAGUACAAACGAUCCAUCUCUGGAUACUUGCCUCGAUGUCAACGGAGCAGUAAGAGUGCAGUCCACGCUUCAAAUUGAGCACUGGAAGUACAAACAUAUAUUUGCAGGUGGUGAUGUGACUAACGUUUUAGAAGAAAAAACUGCUUAUGCCGCUACAAUUGCUGGUGUCUGCAUCGCUAGAAAUAUAUGCCGCUUGGAAAAAGGGAAGGAACCUAUACCCCAAGGUACUAAAGGAUUACUACCUCCUCCAAGUAAAACAUUACACGGCAUUGGAUCUCAAGGUGGUAUCGGAAAAAAGCGACUUUCAUUUUUUGAAAGAAAGCUAUCCUUUUUAAACCCAACCUGGGAGGUGCUUAAAUAUUUUAAUGAGAAACAGUUUUUCAAGAUUGUACAAGUGACAAGUAGAAAAUCCAAUAUAUUAGGAAGACUUCCGAAAGUACUUACUCUCCCUGAGAAUGAUGAAGCAUCUAGCUCACGACCAACAUCAUUUAGUCGAGCUUCAAAUACUGAAGAAUCAUCAGGCAAUGAAGAUGAUGAGCAUAACAAUAAUAUUGACAAGGAGAAUCGUCCUCAAGAUGAUUCGAGCAAGGAGUAUUUACCCUCUAUUAGCAGUAUAGAAUCAUCCAGUAAAUAAACUAUAGUCUCAU